CUCCCGCGCGAGAGUGAAACCCAGCCUUUCGUUCCGUUUUGCAUUUUGAUUUAAUUUCAUCACGCGACCCUCAAUGGACGAAGAAGCAGAGACCGAGAGAGUUCCCCAUCCACACUCUCCAAAACUAGGGUUUCCCCUCCCCUCCGCCGCCGGUGACGCAAACCUCCUCACAGCCCUCAGCACCAUCCUCGUCGCGUCGAUUCAGGACGCCAAAGACCGCAUCUCGCAGAUCGAGUACGUCUUCUGCUCCCAGCUCUACCCUCACUUAAAAUCCGACGACGCAUCAAAACGCUGCUGCAUCGAACAGCUCAAACGUGACGCCGACGAGAACGCCAAGCUUCUACUACACGCCGAGGAGAGGCGAAACGCCGCGUUUUUGAAAUCGGAGAGCUGCGAGGGCGACAAGGCGACGCUGCUGGCGAGAAUCGCCGAGUUGGACGAGACAUUGAGAUUGAAGACGCGGGAGAUUGAGGAGGCGGAGACGAAGCGGAUCGAGGAGGAAGGGAAGCUACUCGAGCGCGUGGAGGCGCUGGCGUGUGAGUUAAGGGAUGAGAAGGCUAAGAGGAACCGCGUGACGGAAGCGUACAAGAGGCUUAAGUCUCAGCACGUUUACUUUCGAAGAAAGGUUGGUCUUGGUGAGGAGAAUGUGGUUCAGGAAAAGAAAUUGGAGAGUGGAACUGAAUUGGGGGUGCAUCAGAGUCCAGUCGUAGAACCUGCUGUCUUUUUUCCAUAUGGAGGGGUAUGCAAAGAGACUGGUCUUGCAUUUGAGAACCCAAAUAUGACUAUGGAUGCUGGUGAUAGUGAUACAGCUGAAGGGAGGAACGAAAUCCCUGAGGAAGAUUUUGGAGGCCUUGAAACGCAAACUCCAGAUGUGUUUGUUGCCGCAUGUGACAUAAGCAGAGUCAAGGAGAAGCCAUCUGAGAUUGACAGAGGAUGGAAUUUGAGUUCUCCAUCAUCUGGUUUUCGUGAUGUACCAAAAUGUCCAUCCAGUACAAAAUUAGUCUCUGCAUCUAGUACAAAGCGCCCUGCAUCUUCCUGGAGGCAAACCCGGUCCCAUCAAAGUCGAGCAGGUCCUGAUCCCCAUGAUGAUUUUCUUGAUACUCCUCUUGAGAAUAUCAGAGAAAAUUUCAAUAAGGAUUUGAAUAAGGAAGACCAACCAUGCCUGAUUCAGAAAGACAUUAGUGUGGACAGCUCAGAUGAUGAAACACAGGAUAUGAAUGCCAAAAGCAGUCCUCAGAAGAAGCAAAAGCAAUCUUCUGUUACAGUGGCCAACACAAGAAGUUUCAAGUACGUUGAACCAGUUAGGAAGAAAGCUGAGCGCGAAAAUUUAAAAGGAGUUGAAUGCAAACAAUGCAGGAAGUUCUAUGAUGCUGUUCUUCCUAAUGCUGCUGGCAAGGAUACUGACAGUAAGCAGAACUUCCGCUGUGAACACCUUGAUGGUGUUUCUCGGCAUCGAUAUAGGUAUGUUCCGCCCAUGACUCCUGAAGGAUUUUGGAAUAUUGGGUUUGAAUCUGAAAUGUAAGAAUAUAUUAUAGAGAGAUUACUAUUUGAUUUAUAAAUGGAUUCUAUAUCCAAUUAACAAAUUUGACAAAGUUUUAGUUUUUUGUUAAAUCUAGAAAAAGGACUUUAGAAACCUUGGCCAUUAGGUAUAUUAUAUUAUUAUUGGUACAUUGAUCAUCUCAUAAUGCCAAGAGGCAAAAAAUUUCCUAGCUAGUCAUGCAGUAGACAUACUAAACCCGGUUUGGACUAAUGCAUGUACUAGUAGUUGUAGAUACUAGAUACCUUAUGUUGACAAGCAAAUAAACUUUUUUCCAUAGUACUAUACUCUUCUAAACAGUA